AUGGGGAUACAAGGAUUGCUCCAGUUUAUCAAAGAAGCUUCUGAACCCAUCCAUGUGAGGAAGUAUAAAGGGCAGGUAGUAGCUGUAGAUACAUAUUGCUGGCUUCACAAAGGAGCUAUUGCAUGUGCUGAAAAACUAGCCAAAGGUGAACCUACUGAUAGGUAUGUAGGAUUUUGUAUGAAAUUUUUGAACAUGUUACUAUCUCAUGGAAUCAAGCCUAUUCUAGUAUUUGAUGGGUGUACUUUACCAUCUAAAAAGGAAGUGGAGAAGUCUAGAAGAGAAAGACGACAAACCAAUCUUCUUAAAGGAAAACAGCUUCUUCGUGAGGGAAGGGUCUCAGAAGCCAGAGAAUGUUUUACGCGUUCUGUCAAUAUAACACAUGCUAUGGCCCACAAAGUAAUUAAAGCUGCUCGGUCUCAGGGAGUAGAUUGUCUCGUGGCUCCAUAUGAAGCUGAUGCACAGCUGGCCUAUCUUAACAAAGCCGGGAUUGUUCAAGCUAUAAUUACAGAAGACUCUGAUCUCCUAGCUUUUGGCUGUAAAAAGGUGAUUUUAAAAAUGGACCAGUUUGGAAAUGGACUAGAAAUUGAUCAGGCUCGGCUAGGAAUGUGCCGACAGCUUGGGGAUGUAUUCACAGAAGAGAAGUUCCGUUAUAUGUGCAUUCUUUCAGGCUGUGACUAUCUCUCCUCACUGCGUGGUAUUGGACUAGCAAAGGCAUGCAAAGUGCUACGAUUAGCUAAUAAUCCAGAUAUCAUAAAGGUUAUCAAGAAAAUUGGGCAGUACCUCAAAAUGAAUAUAACAGUACCAGAGGAUUACAUCAAAGGAUUUAUUCGGGCCAACAAUACCUUCCUUUAUCAGCUAGUUUUUGAUCCCAUCCAAAGGAAACUCAUUCCUCUGAAUGCCUAUGAAGAUGACAUUGAUCCUAAAACACUAAGCUAUGCUGGGCAGUAUGUUGAUGAUUCUAUAGCUCUUCAAAUAGCACUUGGAAAUAAAGAUACACAUACCUUUGAACAAAUUGAUAACUACAGUCCAGACACGGCUACGCCUGUUCAAUCAAGAAGUCAUGGUUGGAAUGACAAAACAUGUCAAAAGUCAUCUAAUACAAAUAGCAUUUGGCAUAGGAAUUAUUGCCCUCGGCUUGAGCUGGAUAAUGUUUCAAAUGCAACUCCAUUGAAGGAAAAUCCAAGUACUGUGGGCAUUGAACAAAUGAUUAGUACUAAAAGCUUAAAUCUUCCAAGAAAAUCACUGGUUGUGAAAAGACCAAGAAAUGAAGAGCUGUCAGAAGAUGAUCUGAUGAGUCAAUAUGCUCUUUCAUUUACAAAGAAGACCAAGAAAGAUAACUGUGAAGGUAAUAAAUCACUGAACUCUUCUGAAAUGCUCCUGCCUGACCUGGUAGAUGGAACUACUAUUAAAAAAAGCUUAAGCACACCACCUCGGACAAGAAAUAAAUUUGCAACACUUUUACAGAGAAAAAAUCAUGAAAGUGGUGCAGUUGUGGUUCCGGGGAUCAAAAGCAGGUUUUUUUGCAAUUCUCUGGAUUCUGCUGACUGUGCAUCACAGAAAGAGAGCAGCCAGCCUUUAGAUGAAAGUGCUGUCACAGAUAACGAGACAAAACUAAAUGAAUCAGAUUGUUCAGAUGACAAGAAGUUGGUUGAUACAAAUGUAGCACAUAAUUCAAGUGAUCAGAUUCCAGAAAAUGUAACUGUGUUUGCUGAUGAAGAAUCUCAGUCUUUUAAGACCAACAAAUUCACAAGGACCAUUUCACCACCCACUUUGGGGACACAAAGAAGUUGUUUUAGUUGGUCUGGAAGCCUUGGAGAUUUUUCAAGAACUCCUAGCCCCUCUCCAGGCACAGCCCUGCAGCAGUUCCGUAGAGAGAGUGAUUCUCCCACUUCUCUGCCUGAGAAUAAGAAGAUAUCUAAUAUAGCUCAAGUAAGGAGUGAUAUGCUGGGUGAGAGAUCCCAUCUCUUAAAUGAAGUAGAGUGGCCUUCACAGUCUCAAGAAAGCAUGGAAUUAUCACCACACAGCUUAAAUGCAUCAAAACUUUCUCAGCCUUCUAGCAAGGAUUCAGAUUCAGAGGAAUCUGACUGCAGUUUUAAGUCAUUUGAUAAUCAAGGUUUCAGGGAGCGUUUAUCUCAUUUUUCACGACAAGAAAGAAAUCUAAGGAACAAGGUUCCUGGGCUAUACAAAUCUAGUUCUGCAGACUCUCUUUCCACAACCAAGAUCAAAUCCCUAGUACCAGCCAAAGUCAGUGGACUGAGCAAGAAACCAGCAAGCAUCCAGAAGAGAAAUCAUAAUGCUGAAAACAAGCCAGGAUUGCAGAUAAAAAUCAAUGAGCUCUGGAAAAAUUUUGGAUUUAAAAAAGAUUCUGAAAAGCUUUCUUCUUGUAAGAAACCAGAUCCCCUGUCUCUAGUCAAAAACAACAUCCAACUAACUCCAGAAGCUGAAGAGGAUAUAUUUAAUAAAUCUGAAUAUAUUCGUGUUCAGAGAGCAAUAUUCCAAUAAAUGCUGGCUGCUGGAAAGCUAUUGCCUGCAAAAGAUUCUCUUAUCAGUUUAAAAUUCCUAUUUGGAAAUGAGACAAUUACCAGCCUGAAAGAUUUCUUCUUUGAUCCAUGCGAUUUUUAAAGUAGAGUAUAUUUGUAUAUUUACUAUGUAAUUGUUUCUUUUGCUCAGCUUUAUAUGUUCAUAGGAAGCCAAAUAGAAUAAUUUUAUCUUUUACAGCUUUUUGUAAGUUUUAAAAUUAAUUGUGCAAGUAUCUAGAAAUUUGUAAAAAUCUAAAGAUUUCUGUAAUGUUGUCAUGUAUCAGGAUGCUAAGCAGAAAACUACAGUUCUCUAUUGGUUCUGAAAUCAUUUUAUCCUAGAAGAAAUCAGUGUAUUUCACCAGACUUUAAAUUUUUCCACCUACAUUUCCUGUCUAUAUCCUUCACGGUUGAAUGGAAAAUAAAGUUGCUGGGCUGAGAAGGGUGGUUGGAAGGGCUGAAGAGCAUUACACAAAUGAACAGAACUCUUA